CCCUCUCCCCGCCCCGCCCAGCGGCCCGGGAGGCCGGGCUCCGAGAGGGGGCGGCGGCCGCGGCGGUGACAGCCGCUCUCCGCCCCCGCGGCCCGCCACGUCCCUCACGUAGCGCCCGACCGCGGCGCCCUGCGGCAACCUGGCGCCGGGGGCUCGGGCUCCACGGGCCGGGCUCGGCAUGAGGCUGGCGCGGCUGCUGCGCGGGGCCGGCCCGGGCCCGGGGCCGCGCGCCGCCGGCCCCCGCUCCGGCCGCAGCCUCACCUCGGACUCGGGCUCCGGCCCGGCGCCCGCAGGCGGCGUUCCGGGCCAGGUGGACUUCUACGCGCGCUUCUCGCCGUCCCCGCUCUCCAUGAAGCAGUUCCUGGACUUCGGAUCGGUGAAUGCUUGUGAAAAGACCUCAUUUAUGUUUCUGCGGCAAGAGUUGCCCGUUAGAUUGGCAAAUAUAAUGAAAGAAAUAAGUCUCCUACCAGACAAUCUUCUCAGGACGCCAUCCGUUCAAUUGGUACAAAGCUGGUAUAUCCAGAGUCUUCAGGAGCUUCUUGAUUUUAAGGACAAAAGUGCUGAGGAUGCUAAAGCUGUGUAUGACUUUACAGAUACUGUGAUACGGAUCCGAAACCGACACAAUGAUGUCAUUCCCACCAUGGCCCAGGGUGUGAUUGAAUACAAGGAGAGCUUCGGGGUGGAUCCUGUCACCAGCCAGAAUGUUCAGUACUUUCUGGAUCGAUUCUACAUGAGUCGCAUUUCAAUUAGAAUGUUACUCAAUCAGCACUCUUUAUUAUUUGGUGGAAAAGGCAAAGGAAAUCCCUCUCAUCAAAGACACAUUGGAAGCAUCAAUCCAAACUGCAAUGUAGUUGAAGUUAUUAAAGAUGGCUAUGAAAAUGCUAGGCGUCUUUGUGAUUUGUAUUAUAUUAACUCUCCUGAACUAGAACUUGGAGAACUAAAUGCAAAAUCACCAGGACAGCCAAUACAAGUGGUUUAUGUACCGUCCCACCUCUAUCACAUGGUGUUUGAACUUUUCAAGAAUGCAAUGAGAGCGACCAUGGAGCACCACGCUGACAAAGGUGUUUACCCCCCUAUUCAAGUUCAUGUCACACUGGGUAAUGAGGAUUUGACUGUGAAGAUGAGUGACCGAGGAGGUGGCGUUCCGUUGAGGAAAAUUGACAGACUCUUCAAUUAUAUGUAUUCAACUGCACCACGGCCUCGUGUUGAGACAUCUCGAGCAGUGCCCCUGGCUGGUUUUGGUUAUGGAUUGCCCAUAUCACGUCUUUAUGCACAGUACUUCCAAGGAGAUCUAAAGCUAUAUUCCCUAGAGGGUUAUGGGACAGACGCAGUUAUCUACAUUAAGGCUUUGUCAACAGAAUCCAUAGAAAGGCUCCCUGUGUAUAACAGAGCAGCCUGGAAACACUACAACACCAACCAUGAGGCUGAUGACUGGUGCGUCCCCAGCAGAGAACCAAAAGACAUGACCACAUUCCGCAGUGCCUAGAUACACUUGGGAUGUCUAGAAAAUCCAACUGUGGUUUUAGUAUUAAAUCUGGAAGGAGUAGUGUUCCGAACUACAUUAUACCAGAUGCUUGGUGUAUCAUUUUCACAAUUAACUGUUUGGGUAGAAUAAAUGGAAACCGAAUUCCAUUUGUGCCUGUUAAACCUCCUAAAGGAUGAAAUUGUACCUAUUUUACAUUUAUAUUUUCACAGUUAAUUGAAAGUAUUUUUAAAUAGCUGUAGUUUUGGUCAGCUUUCCUCUUUAUGGUAGACUUCAGAAGUGUGGAAGUCUUUGGGUUUCUAUAGAAAACUGUAGUUUUUUUAAGAAAUACUUUUCACAUAUGUCUGCUAGAAACAUUUUCUAAAUAGUAGUGAUUAGCUGGUUAGAUAUCUUCUUGUUAUUUGAAGGCAUUCUGCCAUCCUUUAUGUGGCAGUGACAACUGUAACAGCCUGGUCUUCACGUGUACCAGAGCUUCAUUUACCAGACUACAAGUAAAGCAGAACGGUUGCCUGCAGCGUAGAACCAGCCACCUUUCAGUGUCUACUUGUGUUGUUUUAGCUCUGAAGUUAAUUUACCAUUUUAAAAUUUUCUUGCUAAAGGAAUAUAAUCUGUAGCUCCCUGUGGAUCCUAGCCAAAAUCAUGAGCAGUCUAUUCUGAGUAUGCUUGUGAUUAAUGCAAGGGGAAAUUUUUUGCUAAAAGCAAGCAAACUAUGUGUAGCAUCUACUAAAUUAGAAAAGAAAUUGGGGGUAAAGCAGUAAGUCCCAAAAUUGACCUUCCUUGAUUCUGAGAUUACCUGGGGAACUUAUGAAAAAGUAGAGUUUUUCUGGGUCCUGUUCAGACAUACUGAAUCAGAAUCUCUAGGACUAGCACCCAGCAAUCUUAAUUUUUAAAAUGCUUGCUAAGUGAGUCUAACACCUAGCCUUGUUAGGGAACCACUCUUUUAAAGUGAAGAGUGAUGACACAUUUGCCAAAGUAACAGGGCAAUACUUUAGGUUUCCAUUUUCGUCUAUUUAAAGGUCAGAUUUCUAGACUCUAGGAGAAGCAAACCGAAUCUCGGGCCCAGUGCAAUUUUAGAAGAACAAAGUGACUAUGGGCAACCAAAGGGUCAGAAUCAUAAAGUACACAAGUCAUUUUCUAAAAAUAUUCAGAUUUUUUUUUUUUUUUUUGGUUUUUGGCCGGGGCUAUGUUUGAACCCGCCACCUCCGGCAUAUGGGACCGACGCCCUACUCCCUGAGCCACAGGCGCUGCCCAAAAUAUUUAGAUUUUUUAUCAGGGAAAAGUCAGCUUAAGUGUAUCACAAUCGUCCUUUGCAUUGCUCAGAAUUGGAGCCAGACCUGUGUUGAUCAUGUCAUCAGCUGCCAAGUCUGGGAGGCUGUGAAGUGUAGAGACUAUUUUUAGUCACACCUCAUCGUCUCUUAAGGUGACAGGGAAAUACAUUGGAAAUAAAGUUUAAAGUAAAAAUGCAAAUGUUUAAAGAACAGCUUUGCCACUUAAAUGGGGGAGUUUUAUUUCUCUGGAAAAUAUAUCAAGUUGAAACACCUCAUUUUUAAGGAUCUUGUGAGAUUAAUGAUUCCAUAAAAAUUUAUGGAUUGGAAGGGAUGUGAAAGGGCAGUUAGUGCAGCACCCUUGAGGAUCCUGAGCCCCACAGGCUGUCUGGGACCUUUGAGCUAAAUGUGACAAAGUGUUGGAAAAAAAGAGAUACCUAACCCACUGCUCCUUAAUGACGGAGUUUGGAAAAACAAUAGUAUAUGUUAAUGGGUGAUUUAUAUUAAUUCAGUGUGUUACAAUUUUUUAGCCUUAAAUUAUGCUUGUAAUGAUGAAAUAUUUUAGAAUCUUUUGAAUCUAAAUAUUCACUCUUUCCUAAGUAAGACAUUUUCCCAACUAACAUAAACUUGAUGUUUUUACUUAGGAAAUAAUCCCUCCCCCCAAAGAAGAUUAGUUUUUCCAUUGUAAGAGCAAAGAAAUGAUAUUUUAAAGGAAAAGUAAAAUUAUUUUCCUUUAACUUCUUUUUUGAGGUAUAACAGCCUUUUACUCUGUUAUUGUGGUAAUGGACAGAAAUUACAUACAAAAAUAUUCUGGGAGAGCUUUCUCUUAGUUGGUUUUAAAUCUUUGUGCUACCUGAAAUGUUUUUAGAUUUUACAUGAGCUAUUUUAUCUACCAGCAUUAAUGUGAUGCAAUGUAGUUAUAAAAAUAUAUUAAAGGACAAGAAAAGUGGAUGCUAAAUGACUUUUAUAACUUGAGCAGUUAAAGAAUACGCUAAUGUCUUUAAGGAAGGAACAGCAAAAAUAUUCUGCUCUAUACUUAAAAAUACCAGCUGGAUUUUGAUGUGUUCAUAUUUAAUAGUGAUCACUUUCUUAUACUGUGAAGUUUUUUUACAGGAAGAUAUUGAAGUAGAAGUCCACCAUAUUUUUUUUUUUUUGAGACAGAGUCUCAAGCUGUCCCCCUGGGUAGAGUGCCGUGAUGUCAAGCUCACAGCAACCUCAAACUCUUGGGCUUAAGUAAUUCUUUUGCCUCAGCUUCCCAAGUAGCUGGGACUACAGGCACCCGCCACAACACCUGGUUAUUUUUUAGUUGCAGUUAUUUAGCUGGCCCAGGCCAUGUUCGAACCUUCCCCCUCCGUGUAUGUGGCUGGUGCCGUAACCACUGUGCUACAGGUGCCGAGCCUCUACCAUAUUAUUUUAUAAAAUGUUUUCUGUAUGGCAAUAAACUGAAAACAUGGGUCAACUCUUAUUUAGAUUUAGGUUUUUUUUAGAGAGAGAGUGUGAAUCAAUCUUACUUUGUUGCAGCUCUGGGCGUCACAGCUCACAGCAACCUCUGGCUCUUGGGCUUAAGCGAUUGAUUCUCUUGCCUCAGCCUUCCGAGUAGCUGGGACUACAGGUGCCUGCCACAUGCCUGGCUAUUUUUUGUUGUUGUUUCAGUUUGGCUGGGGCCGGGUUCGAACCUGCCACCCUCGAUAUAUGGGGCCGGUGCCCUACUCACUGAGCCACAGGCGCCACCCAAAUUUAGGUUUUUAAAACAUAACUAUGUCUUUUAAGUAGAAGUCUUUUCCACUGUCAAGGCUUAACCUUCUGUAAACAUUCAAAAAAAUUGUAGCUAGGUGGCUAGCAAAUUUUACUAUCUUUAACAGAGGAACUGUCAGGAACUUAAUUUCCAAUCUUUAUAUUCUAAUGAAAAUAAGAGGUAGAGUUUGGAUGGUUCGAGUUUAUCUAGAUUUUCAUUAUCCAAACAUAUCACAAAUGACUGACUUGCUGCAUAAAUGAAGAUCUUCUGUUGUGUGAGUUUUGAAAGGUUAUAAAUAAAUUUGAAAUUUGAA